CUGCAUAUGACAUUUGUCUGUCUUCUUCCUGGUUUACUUCUCCGAUUUGCCUCUCAUCGGUCUUCGGGACGUUGACCUUCAACCUCGUUACAGCUAGAGGCUCCAAUCUUUCCCUCUCGCCCGUGAAAAUGGUAUUCCGAUUAGCAUCGAUGGUUUCCGCGAUAGUCACAGUUCACCCGCACGAGAUUCCAGCGUUGCUCCACUCCUCUUCCUGCUUCUUCUUCAUUUUAAGCGCGUAUUUCGUUGUUCUUCCACUCCGCGACGAGGGCGCAAUAUCGCUUGGGUUAUCAAAGCUCCCGGGUCUGUUCGUCGGAUCUCUGUUUCUCACUCUGAUUGCUGCUCCUGUUUCCACCUUGAUCUUCUCUUUGCCCAAUUUGUCCAAAUCCAAGGCUUUGGUUAUAAUACAUAGAUUCUUUAGUCUAUCGCUUGUUCUGUGUUUCCUUCUCUGGCGUGCCUCCCCAACAGAGUCUAUGCCCUCUAGCUCAAAGGAUGCAGUUGAGUCGGCAUCCGAUCUAACAAAAGACCCUAAAGUUAGUAUCGAUGGAGCUAAUCCCGGUUCUGGAUGGGACGACCAUGGCUGGUUUUACAUUUCUGUUCGAGUUGGGUUUUUCCUUUGGGUUGCGCUGCUUAAUCUCGUUGCCAUUUCUUCGACAUGGGCAAGAAUAAUAGACGUUAUGGACAGUGAGUCAGGUGCAAGAUUGUUUGGUUUUGUUGGUGCUGGUGCUACCCUUGGUCAGCUUUUUGGAUCAGUGUUUGCUGCUGCAACUGCUUGGAUGGGUCCAUAUCUACUUCUAUUUGCUGCUCUUUUGAUGGAAUUUGCUGCCCAGUCUUCAAAAGGGAUCGCCAAGGAUAUUACACAGUCCUCUGAGGAGUUGUCUCCUUUAAGUGUGAAUUUGACUCAGUUCUGCUCAUUGUUGGUCGAGAUGUUGAUCCGUGUUGCCUUUUGUAUUAGGAGAACUGAUAAUGACCAUCAGGAAGCUUCUUCUCCAAAAGUUGUUUCUCCAAAAGUUGCUUCUCCAAAAGUUGCUUCUCCUAGAUCGCCUAUCUCCACAACCAGGCCCCAGCUUUGGGCCAUCUUAGACGGAAUGAGACUUAUACUAGCAUCGCCUUAUCUUUUGCUCGUGUCUUUGUUUCUUUGGCUCGGUGCCGUCAUCUCUUCAUUCUUCUAUUUCCAAAAAGUGAAUAUAAUAGCCAUGACAAUCAAAUCAUCCAUUGGUCGAAGAAAAUUUUUUGCCCAGAUAAACAGCUUUGUUGCAGUUUUCAUACUCAUUGGACAACUGACUCUAACGGGCCGGAUCUUGACUUUAGCGGGUGUCACGGUUGCAAUAUCUGCAUCUCCAUUUGUCGCACUUGGGAAUUUGGUUGCUAUUGCCAUAUGGCCAACGUGGGUUACAGUUGCUGUAUCUGAAACCCUGAGAAAGGUGACAACAUAUGUUGUAACCAGACCUGGAAGGGAACUUUUGUUCACUGUUGUCUCGCAAGACGAGAAAUACAAAGCUAAGGUAUGCAUAGAUGUGAUUGUUCAACGGCUUGGAGAUGCUGCAGCGGCCGGACUAUUCGAAGUCCUUACCAUUGCUCUUGGCGGUCAUACAUCAACUGCUUCACUCUACGCCUUGCCAGUGUGUUUAAUAUGGAUAGUCACGGCCUUCUUCUUGGGCCGGCGCCAAGAACAACUGGCGAAACUCCAGGUGGGUUUAUAUCUUCGUAGGAACGAAAAUCUUAUGGAGUCACAUUGAUGACUAGGAUCAUGCAGAAGAUGAGUGGCUUCAACUUCAUAUAUAGGAGUUAUGCGAAAGAAACGCAAAAACCGACCGAGACGAAGGAUCUCAAAGCGGAGCUGCGGAGUAAUGGUUAGCUUUAAGAAGUCAGAUUUUAAAUUCUGCUAUACAUAGGCUAAUUAUUGUACAGAGGGAAAAUACACUCUUGUAAACUUGGCUUUUCUUGUUUGUUCUAAAAUUAGAGCAUUCGAUUUCAACAAUAUCGUCAAAAAUUAGAGCAUUUUAUUUCAACUUGUAGCAAUUACAGCA